AGGUGAACCGCAGAAGGGCUUCAAUUUCCUUUGGCGACGUUAUUGCGACGUCACUAUAGAGAGAGCGCCUGCCUGAGCCUCGACCAGAGAGCUGUGCGCGCGGCCUAGAUCCGUUGAAGCCUUCUCUGCUUUUGGGUAUCACCUGAGUUCUAAAAAAUGUCGUAUAUGCUCCCGCAUUUACACAAUGGCUGGCAAGUAGACCAGGCAAUUCUUUCGGAAGAAGAUCGUGUGGUUGUCAAUCGCUUUGGGCAUGACUGGGAUCCCACUUGCAUGAAAAUGGAUGAAGUUUUGUAUAGCAUUGCUGAAAAGGUGAAAAAUUUUGCUGUUAUUUAUCUUGUGGAUAUCACAGAAGUGCCAGACUUCAACAAGAUGUAUGAGUUGUAUGAUCCCUGCACCGUCAUGUUCUUUUUCAGAAACAAGCACAUAAUGAUUGAUUUAGGUACAGGGAACAACAAUAAAAUUAACUGGGCGAUGGAAGACAAGCAAGAGAUGAUUGAUAUAAUCGAAACCGUUUAUAGAGGAGCACGUAAAGGCCGAGGUCUUGUUGUGUCACCCAAAGACUACUCAACCAAAUACAGAUACUGAUAUUUAAGCUGUUUCUUACCAUCUUUUCUGUAGAAACUUCAUAAAUGAAACUUUGUACAGUUUUUUUUUUGCUUACAUCUGGUUGUCAAAAUAUUUUGAAUUUAUAUAAAUAUUUUAUCCAAGUUCUGGGGAAAUGCUAAGAGAUACUGGAUUUUGGAAAUAAAAUUGUAUCUUCUUGUUUUUCCUUUUAAAUAUUAAAAUGGCCUUUCAUGUUUACUAUUUUUAUAAAAUAGAUCUGCUGUUUUUAAAUAAACAGGUGUAAACCAGCUGAAAUAGAACAGAUGCUUCUGGACUGUUUUGCCAGAAUAGAAAAGGAGGGCUGAGAUUUUGAGCAGAAUCUGAGGAUCCAGACUUCUGUUUAAAGCCAUUUCCUGGAACUGCAUGAAUUUACUUACUCUGGCUGUGAAUGCAGAGCAGUUGGCAUUUAAUAUAAUAAAAUAAAAUUGUCUUGAUCUGGUCACUCUAGCAUUUCUUAGAGAACAGAUUUUAUUUAAAAGUAUAUUAUCCAAAUUGCCGGAACAUUCUCAAAAUUUGGUUCCAGAAAACAAUAUUUUGCUUACUUCCUACUGUGUGUUUUCAUAGUUUGGAUUGAAGUGAAAUAUACACCUCAGGCUGCAAAAUACAGUAUUAUUUGUUCUUAGGUUUAUUUCAGUGUCCUUCACAGGAACAUCACCAAAUGUUGUAUAAAAUAUUUUUCAUAAAUAAAUUAAAAUACAUACAAAUUAAA